UGCUGCUGCUGCUGCUGCUGGAGGCUCAGCAGCCACCGAAGGUUUAUAAAAGGCCGAUGGUUCCCCCCUCGACCAGUCUUUCCCCCAACUCCAGGACCUGCCAGGCGCAUCCACCUUUCCCAUCUUCUCCUCACCUUCUUCUUACUCCACCCAACAACAACAACAACAACCUUAAACUACUUGCUUCGAUAAUCAUUAAUCAUGGACUAUAUACCUGAUAACAACGCGUUAGAUUCUCCGGUAGAAUUUUCUGCUGGCCCGUUCACUCCCCCAGGAACGCCACCCCCUCUUCCGGGUGUCUCCUUUACCCCCCCAGGAACUCCUCCAUCUCUUGCUGAUGGCUCCUCCACCCCCCAAGGACCUCCUCCACGUCUUGCUACUGGCUCCUUCACUCCCCCGGGAACUCCUCCUCCUCUUCCUGAAGUCUCCUUCACUCCCCCAGGAACUCCUCCUCCUCCUCCUCCUUCCAACCCUGUCCCCAUUCCCACCCCGGAAGUGAUUGAGAUCUCUGAUGAUGAUGACGAGCCGAUGGAGCAGGAUCCAGUUGAGGAAUCGUUGCGGCAACUCCGCGACCUCAUCGAAAACUGCUCGGAGCAAAUUCGAGUGGCUGUUUCGACUCUGGCUACUCCAGAAAGAGUAACAAUGCGCGUUUUUUUCCGCAAGAUGCUGAAAUAUCUCCUCGAACUCGCCGAAUACCCGCAGCGCGACAGACUUGAUGCUAGAGAGAACUCUUAUCUCUGCCGCGAUAUUCCUCAAAUUCGGCUUAUCUUGCGAGCGACCGAGGAAUUCAAUGCGCAACUCUUGGCCACUCUGAUCAACCACUGGAUCUCUGUUAUCAACAACUAUUCCAAUGCUCGCAGAUCCCAGAGAGUUCAAGACCUGUUGGACCGUAUGAAGAACCCGCCCGCCCGCUCGGCUCGGCGUGCCCCCUCAGAAUGCCCGAUCUGUACGGAAAACCUCUCGGACAACAGACGCAGCAAUGUUCGAGCACCUUGCCACCUUACCCAUGUCUUCCAUCGAAACUGCCUUCAAGAAUGGUUGCAAGGCGAACUCAACUGUCCAAUGUGCAGAGCCCCAUUUGCUCUUCCUUGUAGAGACGAAUGGCAAAGCUCAGAAAGGUUGGGCAGAUACGAAAGAACUCGUCGUUUCUUGGGGUCGAUUUGUAUGGGCUUCUGA